AUGCCUGGCGAAGUGAUAGAUAGACCCAACCCUCCGCCCUUACCGUCUCAUCUCCCAGAUUAUGUCUCGCAGCUCGCUGUGCAGCUUGAGAAGAAGCCACUAUCUGCUCAAGACCGAGAUGCGGUGCGCGACUUUCGCAGGGCGGCCUGCUACAUCGCCGCUGCUAUGAUAUUCUUGCGAGAUAAUGUCCUCUUAGAUUCCGAUCUAUCCUUUGACGACAUCAAACCACGACUGUUGGGCCAUUGGGGGACCUGCCCGGGCUUGAUCCUAGUAUGGGCUCAUCUCAACUUGAUUAUACGCAACCAGGACUUAGACAUGCUCUAUGUCAUCGGUCCGGGCCAUGGUGCACCGGCUGCUCUGGCUGCUCUCUGGUUGGAAGGGUCGCUUGAGAGGUUCUACCCUGGCGAGUAUGCUCGCGACGAGCAGGGCCUCCGGAACCUGAUCACAAGAUUCUCGGUCCCAGGCGGAUUCCCAAGCCACAUCAAUGCCGAGACACCAGGUGCAAUCCACGAAGGCGGGGAGCUGGGCUACGCUCUGGCGGUCUCGUUUGGAGCUGUCAUGGACAACCCCGAUCUGAUUGUCACCUGUGUUGUGGGUGAUGGAGAGGCCGAGUCGGGUCCAACUGCUACAGCGUGGCAUGCAAUCAAGUACCUCGAUCCGAAGGAGUCAGGUGCCGUACUGCCCAUACUUCACGUCAACGGCUUCAAGAUCAGCGAGAGAACAAUUUUCGGGUGUAUGGAUGACAAGGAGGUCAUUGCACUGUUCAGUGGCUAUGGCUAUCAGGUCUGUAUCGUCGAGGACCUUGAUAACAUUGAUGACGACUUGUCCAGUUCGUUGGAGUGGGCUGUCGCCGAGAUUCAAAAGAUCCAGGGCGCGGCUCGCUCUGGUAAACCGAUCGUGAAACCGAGAUGGCCGAUGAUCGUGAUGCGCACACCCAAAGGCUGGACGGGGCCGAAGGCGGUUGACGGACAGAUCAUAGAAGGGUCUUUCCGCUCCCACCAGGUGCCUCUGCCCAAGGCCAAGUCCGACAAGACCCAGCUGGCAGAUCUGAAGGAGUGGCUAUCUGGGUAUGACAUCGAAAGACUAUUGCCCAACGGCAAGCCGAUCGAUACGAUCCUCAAAACACUUCCUUCCAAGGACGGGAAGAAGCUUGGCCAGGUCAAAGUCUCCUAUGACCCUUACAAGGCAUUGAAACUCCCAGAUUGGCGCCCUUUUGCCGUUUCCAAGGGGCAGGACAAUAGCUGCAUGAAGAUUACUGGAAAGUUUCUCGACAAAGUCUUUCAGGAGAACCCUUCAAGCAUCAGGCUCUUCUCCCCCGACGAGCUAGAGAGCAACAAGCUUGAUGCAGUUCUCGACCACACCCAGCGCGACUUCCAGUGGGAUGAGUACUCUCGUGCGAAUGGUGGUCGCGUCAUCGAGGUGCUAUCCGAGCAUUGCUGUCAGGGUUUCCUUCAGGGAUACACCCUCACCGGCCGCACGGGAAUCUUCCCGAGCUACGAGUCAUUCUUAGGUAUUGUUCACACCAUGAUGGUGCAGUAUUCCAAAUUCAGCAAGAUUGCGCGCGACGUCAAAUGGAGAGGCGACUUGAGCUCGAUCAACUACAUCGAGACCAGCACCUGGACACGACAGGAACACAAUGGGUUUUCACACCAGAAUCCUUCGUUCAUUGGCGCGGUUCUCAAUAUCAAACCUUCAGCAGCCCGAGUCUAUCUCCCCCCCGAUGCCAACUGCUUCCUCAGCACAGUGCAUCACUGUCUCCGCUCUAAGAACUACGUCAAUCUCAUCAUAGGCUCCAAGCAGCCCACCUCUGUCUACCUCUCGCCCGACCAGGCCGAUGAGCACUGCCGCCUCGGAGCCAGCAUCUGGCAUUUUGCCUCCACCCCAGCUCCCAGCUCCUCCACACAGUCUCAAACAGAGGCAGCUCCUCCUCACCCGGGCCCCGACGUCGUGCUCGUCGGCAUUGGCGUCGAGGUCACCUUCGAAGUCGUCAAGGCCGCCGAACUGCUGCGCUCCCUGUGCCCAGAGCUACGCGUGCGGGUGCUCAACGUCACGGACCUCAUGGUCCUGUUGCCCGAGAGCAGCGGGCACCCACACGCGCUGAGCGAUGCGCGCUUCCGCGAGCUCUUCACCGCCGACGCGCCGGUGCUGUUCAACUACCACGGCUACCCGGCGGAGCUGCGGGGUCUUCUGUUUGGCCGCGAGGGCACGGCGCGGAUGGCGGUCAGGGGCUACAUGGAGGAGGGCAGCACGACGACGCCGUUUGACAUGCUGCUCGUCAAUGUGGUCAGCCGUUUCGACGUGGCGAGAUGGGCUGUGGGUGCCGGGGCGGAGAGGAAUGAUGAGGUUCGGGGAAGGGUUGAGGAGUUGGUAGGAGAGGUGGAGAGGAUGAGGGAGGGUGUGAAGGGUUAUAUCUCCCGGGAGGGUAAAGAUCCUGCGGAUCUUUACAAUACGCCCAAGUUUUGA